AUGCCCGAGAUCGACGGAGAUCCGUUUCGUGCAAAAAGCGGUGAACGUCCGGAAUGCAUCUCUCGCUCGAAAGCGGACUCGGAGCGGGCGGUCGUUCGCGAGGGCGGAAGCCGCCGUUUCGCCGCGAUGCCCCUCGAGCGUCACGCUCCGACCACCGACGAGGUGAACCCGGAAGUGAACCCUCGUGGAUCCUCGGGGUCGUCUCGUUCGAGCGUGUUUUAUCCCCGGAUCCACCGGUUCCGCCUCUCUCGCGUCGUCCGCCGCGCGCAACCGCGACCUCCACCUCUCUCGUGUCGUCCGCUACUGCCGCGGCCUCCACCUCGUUCGCGUUCCGGACGCACCUCCACCUCGUUCGUGUUCCGGACACACCUUCGCCUCGUUCGUGCUCCGGACGAAAGCAUUCCCAUUUGGGAGCGGUGCCCGAAAAACGACUCGGGAAAUGGGCACGCUUUCCCUCUCCCUCGCAGGCGUACGGCCGACGACGGCCCGCGUAUGCGAUCGGAUGCGAACGCGUACCGAAUUCGUUUCACCUCUCCCCACGCGAGGGGCAUCUCGCGGUACUCUCGUGAGGUACGCUUCGCCUGCGACGUUCGUGCGGUCGCUCGUCGAAAACGAUUCGCAAAACGAUUCGUGCGACUUAAAUACGACUCGACGAAUGAACUUCCCCCGAAUGACGGUCGUGCCGUCUAUGCCACCGUGACGGGCAUCCGACGAGGAUUUCAGAGGAGCCAACAGAAAAUUCGGGAUCGGGAAGUACGGAGAGAUCGUGAAGAAAAUUCCCUCGUCGAACGGUAUGAGUACAACCCGGUGAGGAAGUGUUGGGAUGUGGUACUUUGGUUGGAUUUAUGGAAGAGAUCUAUUGUGUAUGCUUGUCUCACUCCCAUGUUGUUUGUGGAGCCCCAUCGGAUGUGGUUGGCUACACUUGGAGGGUUUAUGCUGAUCAUCCUGUCCAUCCUCUAUGCCAUUCUUACAUACAAGAAGUAUCAGACCAUCAAGCGCUCCAUCAUCGAGUCUUCGAGCGAGGAUCGAUGGGAUACAGGAAUGCAAGAUGUUGAUCUUGCCAUCCCAGACUCCAUGUUCAACACAAGCUUCCCAGUUGCAGGACGAGGAGGGACCACUGCUCACAUCAAUACAUGAGUGAAGCCAUGUUCAUCACACAUCUCAUCUCUCACUCAGAAUCUCACGUUACAAUCAGUGUAGUCGAGGGUAUACAUGUAUGCAAGCCUCUUCUGAUUUUUAGAUGCAAAGAAACUCCCACUCCAUGCUGCUCUCUCCAAAGGUGAGCCUACAGAGUCACCAAGGGAUUAUGCAGGAAAACAUGGAUUAUAAAGACAUGCUCACUAAGCAACAGUCUCAUCUGCAAAUACCUCAAGGUUAAAUCAAUAUAGACUGUCUGGACUUGAUCAGUUCCUGGGUUUAUUUUCCCAGUAUAGGGAAUUGUUUUAGUGCCAAUUACCAUCCCAUACUUGGUGAUACCAGGAAUACUUUUUCUACUCAUUUCUUGAAGUCUUAUAAAUUUCAGCAAUUGUAAAGAGCAGGUGCAU